UUCCCAAACUUCUAUUAUUGAUUCUGAACCAUCAUCUCGACACACAAUGGUAAUAGAUGAAGAUGAAUCUGAGGAUUCAAUUUUUGUUUCAAUUACUUCUUCAACCUCAAAAGGUAAGCAGAGAGCCGUUGAGGAAGAUACUCCUUUCGAAUCUAAUGAAGCUAGUUCAACUGACCAGCAACAAUCAAAUAAGUUGAAUGAGGAACAAACCAAAGCUCCCUUCAUCGAUUUAGCUCAACGAUUUCAAAAUUUGCUUGAACAGGUACGACCUGUAUUGGAUAAAAAUCCUCAACUCGUUGAACAUGCCAAUAAUAUUAUGGAUCAAAUUUUACAAAAUAUUCCUGUCGAUAUUGAUAUAGUAGGUCAAGGUGUUUUUAAUGCUUCAAAUUGUCCUUUUAUGGAUCAAAGACAACAGAAUGAUCAAACUCUUGAUGAUGAAAAUUUGAGUGAAAAACUAAGAAUUCUUCAUUCGAUGGGCUUUUGGGAAGAUGAUGAAAAAAAUAUUGAACUUUUGAAAAAAUAUUCGGGAAAUAUUGAUAAAGUCGUUGAAGUUUUAAUUACAAUACAGAAUGAGAGAAUUGAAAAAGGUUUAAAUUUUCAACCUCCUACAAAUGAGUGA